AUGGUGACUUCAAGGGCUCGACGGUGGCUCGUUUGCUCCUUCUUCUUCCUCGUAGUCUGCAAUCAUGUUCUCGCUGAAGAGCCCAACACUUCAUUUCUCCAGUCUGUCUCCAGACAGGAGGACAAAAAAAAGCCGCAGCAGCAGCAGCCGGAGCCGCAGCUGCAGGUAGAGCAGCCACAGCAACCACAGCAGCAACAAGAUCCGCAACAGCCGCAGCAGCAGCAGCAACAGCCGCAACAACCGCAACAGCAGGAAGUGCAGCAAGGUCCCAUCUUGCCCGGCAAGGAAGCAGAGGUUGAUCGCAUUCUUGCCAGUCCCCCGCGCUUUUUCCAUAGUCUUCUCAGUGCUGUUCCCCUGUCCAUUUACGGGAAAGACAGAAAUGGGAACUACUUGGCUUUUUGCCAAAGCGGCUCCAUCGUGUGGGAUGUCGUGGAGAAGAUGACGCACGAGGAGCUGAGUGACUUCAUUCGUUACUUUGCGCUUUUCUUCUGGAAACACGUGGACAAGAGGGCCAGCAGCGAACUGACAGUGGUCAUAGACGCAGGGGGCUUUCCGUUCAGGAAAGUGGUGAAUGGCAGCGUGAAAAUGGUGCUGGAUUCCAUUGUGGAAGGUCUAGAAAGCACAGUGCCGUACGUGGGGGAGCGGGCGGGGCAGGUGUUUCUGAUCAAUGUGCCCUCAUUUCUGAAUCCAGUUAUUGUUCUCGUCACCAAAAUACUAAGAAACGGUGUCAACCUCACCUCUUACGGCAGCCGCAGCAGGUGGGAGCCGGCCCUGAAACAGCAUGUGGGCGAGCACCACCUUCCCAGGGAGUACGGCGGCACCAACAGCACCAAGCUGCAGGACUCUGUGGUGGUGAAGUACAUCAAGCAAUCCGUUGAAAAAAUACUUAGAAGAAAGGCACGCCAUGCAAACAACCCGAAAUAA